AUGGAAGCGCUUCUACGGAAGCGCCACCUAGUGGUAGCAUUGUCUCUUAUCUGUCACUGCACACUGGGCCACCAUGGAAGCGCUUCCACGGAAGCGCCACCACGUGGUAGCAUUGUCUCUUAUCCGUCACUGCACUGCACACUGGGCCACCAUGGAAGCGCUUCCACGGAAGCGCCACCACGUGGUAGCAUUGUCUCUUAUCUGUCACUGCACACUAGAGUCACCAGCCGAGCUUUCAGGAGAGUGGUGGCUCGAGCCGCCGAUUUUGUGUCGCCACCAGACUGUCGCGCCACCACGUCAUACACCAUUGAGGAGAAGAGUGAGGAAGCCACAGUGGAUUCAGUCCAGUCCAGAUGCAGCCAGACUACUUGGAUGGUCAAGGUCAAGACAACUCAAGGUCAACAUCGAGGACCAGACAUGGACAACUGUGAUUGGCCAAUCCAUGGAGCAGAUCAACAUCAAGACACCAUUGAAGAUAAGCAUCACAUCCAACUCAAUGUGGACAAUCAAAGUGUAUACUUGGACCACAAUUACUCCAAACAUCCCAUUGAAAUAAUUCGGAUCAAACCAGAGGAACUAAUUGAAGAAGAUGAGGAAGAAGAAGAAGAAGAACAACAACAACAAUGUGGAGUAGAAAUUGGAGUGAGAAGUGGAGAAAUAAAGCAAGAGAGUGACACCUGUCUGCAGAUUGAAAGCAUCUAUUCUCUCUCCUCACAUAGACUGGAUUCUGACCCCUCUGUUAUUGAACAAAUAAAAUUUGGAACUGGGGAAAUUAAGGAAGAAGAACACAUAUCUUUUGAAACAGAUCAUUCAGAUACAUUGAUGCAGAUUGAAGAUAUUUCUUGUGAUGUAGUAUCUGAGAAUUAUGAAAGUGGAAGUGUAUCAUCUGGACUACAUAUACCAUACUUUGAGGAACGAAAAUGUUCAAGCUCUCAUGUGUCUGUUGACACAACUCCUGGAAACACUAUGAUGAAAGAUUCUGAAGAAGUUUGCAAUGAGAUGGACUUACUAAUCGAAAAUGCAAGGAAGAAUGUGAUUGAUGCAGCGAGUUACAGAGAUUCAACAAAGUGUCAGUUGUGUGGUGAAUCAUUCAGCAACACUAGAGAAUUGAAUCUUCAUUGCAGAAUACACACAUCUGGAAAACAUGCUUGCAAAUUCUGUGACUACAAAACAACAGGGAAAUCACAACUCAUCUCUCAUCUAAGGACACACACAGGUGAAAGACCCUUCAGCUGUGAUUUGUGUAACUACAAAGCAAAAUGGAAAUCACAACUCAUCUCUCAUCUAAGGACACACACGGGAGAAAGACCAUUCAGAUGUGAUUUGUGUGAUUACAAAGCAAUACGGAAAUCAACUCUUAGUAGACAUCUAGAGGCACACCCUGGAUGAGGCCCUUCAGCUGAUGUUUGUGUGAAUACAAA